CCGGGGGGCGGCGCUCCGGCCCGGCCCGGCCCCGCCCGAUGUCCAUGAGCGCGAACACCAUGAUCUUCAUGAUUCUGGGGGCGUCGAUCGUGAUGGCCAUCGCGUGCUUGAUGGACAUGAACGCACUGCUGGACCGAUUCCACAACUACAUCCUCCCGCACCUGCGGGGCGAGGACCGCGUCUGCCACUGCAACUGUGGCCGAGAAAGGGCCUGUGCCAGGGCGAUGAGCGGAAUGGGCCCUGGGCCUCCGGGUCCAGGGCCUGGAAGCCAGGAGGGCGACAGUCCAGUCCUGUGUGUCAGGAAGGAUCCUGCGCACGGCCGUGCCCACAGAGUACACCAUCCUCCCCGGGCCCUGCACUCAUGUUCGUGAACUUUCCUGCGAGCCAGGUACGGGGAAGUGCAGAAGGUCAAGGUGGGCAGACCAUCUGGUCCCACCCUCUCCUUAAACAGAGGAGGGACUGGGGGAGAGCGGGGUGUGGCUUGCUCAAGGUCAUUCAGAGAGGGAUGGGAGAGCCCAGGCCCCCACACCCACCGUGGGAACGCCCCAUUCUGUGCACAUGUAGUAACGGAGUCUUCCUGGCCAUGCAUGUUUGUACGUCCAUGUACAAAAUAAACAUCUUCUCAUGAGACGCGCA